AUGGGUCUUGAGAUCCGCUGUAAGCUUCGUGAUGGAGGAGUAGUCAGAGAAAAAGGUAGAGUGUUCCAGAGAAAAGGACCAGAAAAAGCAAAUGCAGAUUUAGCAAGAGCGUUUAACACGAACAACAUUAUACAUCAACUUGAAAAUGAGUUUCAGCAAGCAAGGCUGGAUUUUGUGCUGAAAGUGUCUGUUUUCGUGGCACUCUUAAUCUUCCUUGCCACAAUCAACAUUGAAGAAGUUGAUGAUGUCAAUCUGUUCAUAAGAAGCAUGACAGAUUUUGUGGCUGUUGAUGACAAUCCUAUUGGAGUAGGAAAAGACUACAUUGAAACUUCCAAUAUCCCAAUUUUAGGUUACUCGGAGUACAAGUGCACGAUAUUGAUGUACGACCCACCACAACAUAUAAGCUACAUAUGUGAUGAUGUACUCAAGUCAAGAGUUUCAAUUGAUCUAGAGCAAACGUCUGAUCACGAAAGCCAUCCAACCACCAUUGCAUAUGAAAUUCAUUCACGAAGAAGAUCAAAAUUUUUCAAGGAUUACGCAUCAGUGAUGGUGAAGAUGUACGAAGACAGUCAGAUCCACUCAGCCCUUCACUCACUCCAACAUCUCAUUGGCAGGCACGGUGUCUGGAGCCAGUGUUGA